UCUCUGUCUAGAUCUAUCUCUGCCAAACCAUGGAAGGAGUGUCUUCAGCAGCCAUUGAAGUUCUUGUUCAAAACCUCAUCAACCUUUUCAAGGAUGAGUACUCUCUACUUCGAGGUUUCGAUGAGGAUACCCAGCAGCUGCAGAGGACUUUGGGGAUGAUUCAAGCCUACUUGAAAGAUGCUGAGAAGAAAUCCAUCACCCAAGAAGCUGUCAAGAUCUGGUUGAGGGAGCUCGAAGCCGUGGCUUUCGAUGCUGACAAUGUCUUGGAUGAACUCAGCUAUCAUCUUCUCCACCAAAAAGUACACAAGAUGAAAUCAUCCAAGGAUAAGGUACUAUCAUGCUUCUCAUCAUUUAAUGGCAUUUUGCAUCGGCGUGAUAUGGCUCACACGAUCAAACGAAUCAAUGCUACUUUUGAGUGUAUGAACAAAAGGGCAACAGAUCUUGGCAUUCAAAGCAUGGUUGUGAAUGCACCUGCUGCUAUUACUCAUACUUCCAUUCAGACGGAUUCGUUGAGUCUUGAUCCAAUCUUUGUUGGAAGAGAUGAUGAUGUGCCUAAACUAGUUGACAUGCUCACCCAGAUCCAGGAUGAUAGGAUAUUUUCCACGGUCGCUCUUGUCGGAAUGGGGGGUAUGGGGAAGACUACGUUGACUAGGAAAGUCUUUAACCGUGAAAGCUUAAAGGCUCGAUUCGGAUCACUUAUCUGGGUUCAUGUAUCCCAAACUUUUGAUCCAAUUAGUCUUUUCAACAAAAUCUAUUCAACGUUGACUUCAAAUACUUGUGAUAGAGUUGAGAUAAAGGAAGUUAUCCUGAAAAGGCUUAAAGAAGUUCACAAGUCUAAAACUUAUCUUCUUGUUCUUGAUGAUGUAUGGAACGAAGAUGUUUUGAUGUGGGAAGACUUUAUAAAUUCCAUGUCUGGAGUUACUUCCGCUAUGGGAAAUGGCAUUUUGAUCACCACCAGGAGUGAAAAAGUUGCUUCAACUGUUCACCCUUUUUAUAUUCAUCAUUUGAAUGGCUUAUCAGAUGAAGAUAGUUGGUCCAUAAUCAAAGCCAAAACUUUUGAUGAAAAUGGUGAAGUUCCAUCAGGAUUCGCGAUGAUUGGAAGAAAGAUUGCUAAAAGAUGUAAGGGUUUGCCCUUAGCUGCCAAUGUAGUUGGGGGAGUGCUUCGCGGUAAAUCAGAAGAAGAGUGGCGCAUCAUCAAAGAAAAAUGGCUUUCAGAUGAUGAAGGAGGAGAAAAUAUUUCAAAAAUAUUGAAAGUAAGCUUUGAUCACCUGCCUUCACCGUCGCUGAAGAAGUGCUUCACGUUUUGUUCGGUUUUCCCCAAAGGUUGGAAAAUUGAGAAGCAGAAGUUGAUUGAACUAUGGAUGGCCGAAGGCUUUCUUCAACCAGACCAAAGAGAUGACAUGGAGUCUGUGGGCAACAUGUUUUUUAAUGUGCUUCUACAAAACUCUUUGUUGCAAGUUGUAGAUAAAGAUGAGUAUGGAAAUGUUUCAAAGUGUGUGAUGCAUGACCUUGUGCAUGAUCUUGCAUCUAAUAUUUUGUCCAGUAAUGCUGAUGGAAGCACCCCAAUUCGAUACAUGUUUCUACCAAGUCCUAUUUCAGAAAAGGAGGCCAAGCAUUUGCGUACAUUAUUUUUGUGCCGUGAAACUUCUGGUACGAAGUUCUCAAACUUUGAAUGUUUGCAUAAUCUUACUCUUUACAGUUACAAUGAGAAAGAGUUACCGAAUUCAGUUGGAGAGUUGAUACAUUUGAGAAAUUUGAAUAUUUCCAAUUCAAAUAUUGUAAAGUUGCCGAAAUGGAUUAGUGAACUGCAUCACUUGCAAACAUUAAGAGUAAGCAGGAACUUAGAUGAACUGCCAAGUACGUUAAAGUAUAUGUUUAACUUAAGGCAUCUUCAUAUCUCUUCUCGUACAAAGUUGCCGGCGGAGAUUGGGAGAUUGACUAACAUCCAAACACUACCUUACUUCGAAGUGGGCAAAGAGAAAGGCUACCAAAUUGAAGAGCUCGGAAGUUUGAAGAAUCUCAAAGGAAGUCUAAGGAUUCAGAAUUUGGAGAAGGUACGUGAUAAGGAAGAGGCUCUGAAAGCAAAUAUAUUUCAGAAGCCAAAGUUAUUUGAUUUGGGGUUUGAAUGGAGUUAUUAUGGUAGAGAAGAUGAAAGAAACGAUGAGAGUGUGUUGGAAGGCCUCCAACCUCAUGCAAAUCUGAGGAAGUUGGAGAUUUCUAGAUUCAAAGGAAAAAGAUUUCCAACAUGGGUUAAGAAGAUGGCAGUAUGUGAUGGUCCUCAAGGCUCUUGGGUACUGCUUGCCAACUUGAUUAAAAUUACAAUCUCUGAUUGCUCAGAAAUUGAGGAAAUCCCAACGCUGAAGCACUUACCUAAUCUCAAGUCUCUUUCUUUGAACAGAUUGAAGAAGGUGAGGUUCAUAAAUACUUCAUUCCAUCAUUUAACAUCGCUCAAAAUAAAAGAAUUAGAGGCAUUGGAAUGUCUGCCAGAACGGUUAUUCCUCAACAAUCAGAAUCUCUCAUCUUUGUAUAUUAUAAAUUGUCGUGUGUUGAGAGAAUUACCAGAUGGCGUUGACACUCUCAAUUCUUUGGAGAGUUUGUGUAUUCGUGAUUGUGAAAAUCUGAAGUCGAUUUGGAAUCCAAGUGGCGGAGCAAGACAAUCAGAAGGGAUCCUCCGUGAGCUGAGAAUUAUGGAAUGCGGAGAGCUGAUAGAAUUUCCGUGUGAAAUUCUAGAGUUGUGGGCCCCUACUAUUGAGGUUCUUCAAUUGGAUGGAUUAAGGAACCUAAAGAAUCUACCGAUGCUAAUUGACUGCCUCGCUAAAUCAUCUACUCGUCUCAGCGUAUUGGGAAUCAGAAGUGUUCCUAAAUUGAUGGCUGCUAGUAGUGGUAGUGUUGAGAGUUGGGAUCUUAGCAGCUUGAAAUCAUUAAGCAUAGACGUGAGUGUGGAAUGGUCAAGAGAGAAUAGUGUUGGCAUUGCAGAGACUAUCGAAGGGAUGCUGCAAAGUUGCUGCAACUCACUUCGUUACUUAAGUUUGAAGGGGAUAGAAAAUUGGGAGUGGCUGCCCCAAUCAAUUCAAAAUCUCACUGUUGUUUAUUCAUUAGAGUUGGAGGAUAUAGGAGUAGAAGAAUUGCCCCAAUGGUUGGGGAACCUCUCAUCUCUAACAUGGUUACAUCUAUAUAGUUGCAACAAGUUGAAGCGUCAGCCCUUUGUGGAUGCAUUGAACCACCUCACUAGAUUAGAAAAGUUAUAUAUUAGCAAUUGCCCAGAACUACGUAUUGAUUCGGAUUGGCACAACCACCUUCGCCAUCUGGAAAUCGAGGUCGAUGACCAAACCGUUUGAAUGUUGUAGCAAGCCGCGAAUUGAGGUGAAAACAGAGCGCGGACAAAGGUAGAGCGAAGAAUGGAGUAAAAAAAAGACAAUAAGGCUCAUGUGGCUUGUGCAUUUUGUGAGUAGUAAAUGUGGUCCGUGUAUGUGGUGCGAAUUGGAGUCGGAACACGCCAUUUGGUAUUUGGUUAAUUGAGAUGUCACAACGUUCCACAUGGUCUAGUCAAUCGUAAUCCAGAGCGGGUCAGAACAUUACACUAGACCGCGUGAAUUGUCGUUACAAGUCACACAAUCAGGUGAAAAGUAGGCGAUUCACAGAGUCAUUGCUCAUAGCAUGAAGUAGGGGCUGAAUUUUACAUGAUACUUUGGUGAAUUAUUUAGUUUGUUUUAUGUUUUGAUUUUCAUCUAUGGCUACUAUUUUUGAGGCA